CAUGCGCUGCCUGGCUCCACGCCCAGCGGGGUCCUACCUGCCAGAGCCCCAAGGCAGCGGACAGUGUGCCACCAUGGAGCUGGGGAAGCUAGAAGGCGGGUACCUGGACCUUCUCAACAGCAACGCUGACCCCUUGCAGCUUUACCACUUCUAUGACCACAUGGACCUCUCCGAGGAAGAAGAGCUGGAGAUGUUCCCAGAACCCGACACGGACACCAUCAACUGCGAACAGUUCAACAAACUGUUGUGUGACAUGGACGGUGAUGAAGAAACCAGGGAUUUUUAUGCUAAUAUCGCGGCACUGGACCAGUACGUGUUCCAGGACUCCCAGCCGGAUGGACUGAGCAAAAACAUCUUCAAGAUAGGACUGGACGAAUUGGAAGACGUGAUCAGCGAGAUGGUGGAACUGCCGGAGGAAGCAGGGCAGAGAAGUCAGAAAAGACCCUUCCCAGAGGAGCUGCCAGUGGACCCCAAGCACAGGAAGCUCGCUGAGACCCCCGCUGUGCCCAUGGUGACUGGCACUUUCCUGGUGGGGCCAGUGAGUGAUUCCUUGACUACACCUGGUCUGUUCUGCAAGGACUCAGCAUCAGGCCAGCCCCCGCUGGAGGAAACCGUGCUGGCGACUGGGCCUCCCUCCAGUUCCCUGUUGAGCUGCCUGAAUCUCCCUGCCGGACCCAUCCAGAUCAUUCCCACUCUGCCCCAGGGGCUCUGGCAAAUCUCAGGGGCUGGGCCAGGAGUGUCCAGUAUACUCAUCUGCCAAGGUGAUAUGCCCCAGGCUAGCCAGACACCCCCUGCCAGCAGCCCAGCUGUCCACAGCCUCCCGAAGUCCCCAGACCGGCCGGGCUCCACCAGCCCUUUUGCCCCAUCGGCAGCUGACCUCCCUGGCAUGCCCGAACCAGCCUUGACCUCCCGUGCAAACGUGACAGAGAACGACCUGUCCCCCAGCCAAUGCCCUGCGGCUCUCAAGGUCUCCAGCAAGCUUCCAAAAUGGCCUGAGAGUGUGGAGAAGUUCUGCCGUGCACUUCGGGACAAGUACGAGGCUGAGCCUGCAGGCCCGGAGGGCAUCUUGGUAGAGGUGGACCUGAUGAGGGCACGACUGGAGAGGAGCAGCAGCAAGAGCCAGGAGAGGGAGCUGGCCACCCCAGACUGGGCAGAGCGGCAGCUGACCCAAGGGAGGCUGACUGAGGUGCUGCAGGCUGCUAGCGACCGCCGGCGGCCUCGUGAGACAAAGGUGAUCGCUGUGCUGGGCAAGGCAGGACACGGGAAGAGCCACUGGGCCCGGGCUGUGGGCCGGGCAUGGGCCCGUGGCCAGCUGCCGCAGUACGACUUCAUCUUCUCCUUCCCCUGCCACUGCCUGGAGCGCCCAGGGGACACCUACCGCCUGCAGGAUCUGCUGUCCAUUCUGGGCCCACAGCCACUGCCAGUGGAUGACCAGGUCUUCGGCCACAUCUUGAGGAGGUCGGAUCGCGUCCUGCUCAUCCUGGAUGCUUUCGAAGAGCUGGAGAAUCCAGACGGACUUUUGCACAGCUCUUGCGGACCCCCGUCAGCUGAGCCCCGCUCUCUUCGGGGGCUGCUGGCGGGCCUCUUCCAGCGCAAGCUGCUGCGGGGCUGCACCCUGCUGCUCACGGCCCGGCCCCGGGGCCGCCUGGCCCAGAGCCUGAGCAAGGCUGAUGCCCUGUUUGAGAUGGUGGGCUUCUCACCCGAGCAGGCCGAGGCCUACGUAGCGCACUACUUUGAGCUCUCAGGAGCCACGGAACACAGAGACAAGACCUUGGAGCUCCUCCGGGGACAGCCUUUUCUGCUCGGUCACAGCCACAGCCCCACUUUGUGCCGGGCGGUAUGCCAGCUCUCCGAGGCCCUCCUGGAGCUGCAAAAGGAGGCCGAGCUGCCCUCCACGCUCACAGGACUCUUCGUGGGCCUAGUGGGCCCCGCAGCCCACGACAGUCCCCCGGGCGCCCUGGUGGCACUGGCCAAGCUGGCCUGGGAGCUGGGCCGCCAGCAUCGCAGCAUCCUGUGCGAGGACCAGCUGUGCUCGGCGGAGGUGAAGGCCUGGGCUGUGGCCAAAGGCUUGCUGCUGCCGGCCCCUGGGUCCCCAGAGACUGAGCUGGCCUUCCCCAGCUUCCUCCUGCAAUGCUUCUUGGGGGCUGUGUGGCUGGCUUUGAGCAACGAGGUCAAGGACAAGGAACUACCGCAGUAUUUGGCUUUGACUCCACGGAAGAAGAGGCCUUAUGACAACUGGUUGGAGGGCUCGCCUCGCUUUUUGGCAGGUCUGGUCUUCCAGCCUCUUGCUCACGGCCUGGGGGCCCUGGCAGGACCAUCAGUGGGCACCUUGGCAAAGAGGAAGCAGAAAGUGCUCGCCAGGUAUCUGAAGCGGCUGCAGCCAGGGAUGCUGCGGGUGGGGCGGCUUCUGGAGUUGCUGCACUGUGCCCACGAGGCCUCAGACCCUGGGAUUUGGAAGCACGUGGUGCAGGGGCUCCCCACCCGCCUCUCCUUCCUGGGAACCCGGCUCACACCUCCCGACAUCCACGUGCUGAGCAGCGCCUUGCAGGCGGCGGCCCACGACUUCUCCCUAGACCUCCGCAGCACUGGCAUUGACCCCUCUGGACUGGGGAGCCUCGUGGGACUCAGCUGUGUCACCCGUUUCAGGGCCGCCUUGAGUGAUACCGUGGGGCUCUGGGAAUCCCUGCGACAGCGAGGUGAGACUGAACUACUCCAGACAGCGGAGGAGAAGUUCACCAUUGAGCCUUUCAAGGCCAAGUCCAUGAAGGAUGUGGAAGAUCUAGGCAACCUCGUGCAGAUCCAGAGGAUACGAAGUUCCUCAGAGGACACUGCUGGGGAUCUCCCUGCUGUCCGGGACCUCAAGAGGCUGGAGUUUGCGCUGGGCCCCAUCUUGGGCCCCCAGGCUUUCCCCAAGCUGGUGAGGAUACUUGAGGCCUUUUCCGCCCUUCAGCAUCUGGACCUGGACUCGCUGAGUGAGAACAAGAUCGGGGACGAGGGUGUCGCCCUGCUCGCAGCCACCUUCCCGCAGCUGAAGGCCCUGGAGACACUCAACCUGUCCCAGAACAGCAUCACGGACGUUGGCGCCUGCAAGCUCGCCGAGGCCCUGCCCUCGCUGGCCGCCUCCCUCCUCAGGCUGAGCUUGUACAACAACAGCAUCUGCGAUGCGGGCGCCGAGAGCCUGGCCCAAGUACUUCCAGACAUGGUGACCCUCCGGGUGCUGGAUGUCCAGUAUAACAAGUUCACCGCUGUGGGGGCCCAGCAGCUCGCCGCCAGCCUGAAAAAGUGUCCUCAGGUGGAGACGCUGGCGAUGUGGACGCCCACCAUCCCGUUUGGGGUACAGGAGCACCUGCAGCAGCAGGACUCACGGAUAAGCCUGCGAUGAUCCCAGCUGUGCCAGGACAAGCAUGUUCUCGGAGGACACUGACCACGCUGGACCUUGAGCAGGUUAUUUGUGGACACAACUCUUCUCGGGCCAUAUCCAGCGACCCUGGUGUCCUGACGCCCAGUCCUGCUGCCUCAGGCUGAACCUCUGCCUGGCGGUGAAAAGUCCUCAGCCUGCUGCACGGACAGACCCAGGCCUGUCCCAGGCUCCUGUGGGGCCGAGAUGGCGGCUGGCCCUGGGGAUGGGCAGGUACCCGGUGUACCCAGCACCCUGAGGUGCUUCCUGUGGGACACUCCAGCGGGGGCUGGAGAUGCCAGCUGCUCCCAGCCCAGGCACCUGCCAGCCUGGGGAGACACCCCCACAUACUGCCCUCCCUGCUGGACGUGCCAACAUCCUGAGAUACCAGAGAGCACCCCAGGCCUGCUCAUUUUCCAGGCAGAGACAGGCUGCUCUGUCUGCGGGACUCACUGUUUUGCACUGACUUGGUCUGCAAGGCCAAAGCUGGGCCUGGCCGACACUGGACCUUGGCUAGAAAACUGCUGACGCACACUAAAGGGAUGGGGUGGCGUCCCGUCUGCCCCGGGGCCCCCCUCCUGUGUCCUUUCUCACUACGCCAUGAAGGCUCACUUCAUCUCAAGGGCAGGCCCGUGUUUGAGUUUUUACCAUGAUUGCCAUUUCGGAGGACCCUGCCGUUCUGGUUAUCUGAUGCAUCACAACCUCCCCACCAAACGGAGUGGCCUCAUCCAGCACGCGUGCACCUGGCGCUGAGUGGGGAAG